UCCCUGGGCUCAUGGAGCCGGACGAGCUGGCGGGAGGCGGCGAUCCCCCGGAGCCGGGCGGACGUCCCGGGCUGGGCCCGCCGGGCUUCGUCCCGCAGAAGGAGAUCGUCUACAACAAGCUGCUGCCCUACGCCGAGCGGCUGGACGCCGAGUCCGACUUACAGCUGGCCCAGAUCAAAAGCAACCUGGGCCGAGCCGUGCAGCUCCAGGAGCUGUGGCCCGGGGGCCUUUUCUGGACCAGGAAACUCUCCACAUAUAUUAGACUUUAUGGGAGAAAAUUUAGCAAAGAAGAUCAUGUUCUUUUUAUUAAGUUAUUGUAUGAGCUGGUAUCAAUUCCAAAAUUAGAAAUCAGCAUGAUGCAGGGAUUUGCCCGCCUCCUGAUCAACUUGUUAAAGAAAAAGGAACUUCUUUCAAGAGAUGAUUUGGAGUUACCCUGGAGACCACUUUAUGACAUGGUGGAAAGAAUAUUAUAUUCCAAGACAGAGCACCUGGGAUUAAAUUGGUUUCCGAAUUCUGUAGAAAAUGUUCUCAAAACACUCGUGAAAAGCUGCCGACCGUAUUUUCCAGCGGAUGCCACAGCUGAGAUGCUAGAAGAAUGGCGGCCUUUAAUGUGCCCUUUUGAUGUAACAAUGCAAAAGGCCAUCACUUAUUUUGAAAUAUUUCUUCCUACCUCCCUUCCUCCAGAACUUCAUCAUAAAGGUUUUAAACUUUGGUUUGAUGAAUUAAUUGGCCUUUGGGUUUCAGUGCAAAAUCUCCCACAGUGGGAGGGGCAACUAGUAAAUCUCUUUGCUCGAUUGGCUACAGAUAAUAUAGGGUACAUAGAUUGGGAUCCAUAUGUACCAAAGAUAUUUACAAGAAUUCUGAGAAGCUUGAACCUCCCAGUGGGAAGCAGUCAAGUGUUAGUCCCAAGAUUUUUAACAAAUGCUUAUGAUAUAGGACAUGCUGUGAUAUGGAUCACUGCCAUGAUGGGUGGACCAAGUAAGCUAGUGCAAAAACACUUGGCUGGUUUGUUUAACAGCAUCACAUCUUUUUACCAUCCUUCAAAUAAUGGACGCUGGCUGUGUAGAACAUAUCCUGCACUAGAGACAUUAACAGAACCUCACCAGCUCACAGCUACUUUAAGUUGUGUAAUUGGAGUAGCCCGCAGUUUGGUAUCAGGGGGCAGAUGGUUUCCUGAAGGUCCAACACACAUGCUACCUCUGUUGAUGCGAGCAUUGCCUGGGGUGGAUCCAAAUGACUUUAGUAAAUGCAUGAUCACAUUCCAGUUUAUAGCAACAUUUUCUACUCUGGUGCCUUUAGUAGAUUGUUCAUCUGUACUACAAGAAAGAAAUGACCUCACAGAAGUGGAACGAGAACUUUGUUCAGCCACAGCUGAAUUUGAGGAUUUCGUCUUGCAGUUUAUGGACAGAUGCUUUGGACUUAUAGAAAGUAGCACAUUGGAGCAAACAAGAGAAGAGACAGAAACUGAGAAAAUGACUCACUUGGAGAGUUUGGUCGAAUUAGGUCUGUCUUCUACGUUUAGUACAAUUCUCACCCAGUGUUCCAAAGAAAUAUUUAUGGUGGCCCUUCAGAAGGUUUUUAAUUUUUCUAUUUCACAUAUGUUUGAAACAAGAGUAGCAGGUCGCAUGGUAGCAGACAUGUGCCGCGCUGCUGUAAAGUGUUGCCCAGAAGAAUCUUUGAAGCUAUUUGUUCCCCACUGCUGCAGUAUUAUAACUCAGCUUACAAUGAAUGAUGAUGUAUUGAAUGAAGAAGAGCUAGACAAGGAGUUACUAUGGAAUCUUCAACUUUUGUCUGAGGUAUUGGUACCAAGUAUGGUGUCCUUGGAAGAGACAAAGUUGUAUACUGGACUUGAAUAUGAUCUAUCCAGAGAGAACCACCGAGAAGCAAUUGCUAGGGUCAUAAGGAAACUUCUCGACCACAUACUUGAUAAUUCAGAAGAUGAUACCAAGUCAUUGUUUCUUAUCAUAAAGAUUAUUGGAGACCUUUUGCAAUUCCAAGGAUCUCACAAGCAUGAAUUUGAUUCCCGAUGGAAAAGCUUUAACUUAGUAAAGAAAUCAAUGGAAAAUCGGCUCCAUGGGAAAAAACAACAUAUCAGAGCACUUUUGAUUGACAGAGUAAUGUUGCAGCAUGAGCUACGAACACUAACUGUUGAGGGUUGUGAAUACAAAAACAUACAUCAGGAUAUGAUCAGAGAUCUUCUGCGUUUAUCUACCAGUUCAUACAGUCAGGUCAGAAAUAAGGCUCAGCAAACAUUUUUUGCUGCAUUGGGAGCAUAUAACUUCUGUUGCAGAGAUAUCAUUCCCUUGGUUUUGGAGUUCUUACGGCCUGACAGACAAGAUGUCACACAACAGCAGUUCAAGGGUGCCUUGUAUUGUCUUCUUGGAAAUCACAGUGGUGUGUGCCUAGCAAACCUUCAUGAUUGGGACUGUAUUGUACAGACUUGGCCAGCAAUUGUUUCUUCAGGGCUUAGCCAAGCAAUGUCCCUGGAGAAGCCAUCAAUAGUGAGACUGUUUGAUGAUCUUGCAGAAAAGAUUCAUAGGCAAUAUGAAACAAUUGGCUUGGACUUCACAAUUCCAAAGUCAUGCGUCGCAAUAGCGGAAUUACUUCAACAGUCAAAAAACCCCUCUAUCAACCAGAUAUUGCUUAGCCCAGAAAAAAUAAAAGAGGGACUUAAACGCCAACAAGAAAAGAAUGCUGAUGCCCUAAGGAACUAUGAAACUUUGGUGAACACUUUGCUAGAUGGUGUGGAGCAAAGAAAUCUGCCCUGGAAAUUUGAACAUAUAGGAAUUGGGCUUCUGUCUCUACUCUUGAGAGAUGACCGAGUGUUGCCUCUUCGUGCCAUACGUUUUUUUGUUGAGAAUCUCAACCAUGAUGCAAUUGUGGUUCGAAAGAUGGCUAUCUCAGCUGUGGCUGGUAUUCUCAAACAGCUAAAAAGAGCUCACAAAAAGCUGACCAUUAACCCCUAUGAAAUCAGUGGACAUCCUAAACCCAUCCAAAUUCUUGCUGGUGAUAGGCCUGAUAAUCAUUGGUUGCAUUACGAUAGCAAAAGUAUACCAAGAACUAAAAAAGAAUGGGAGUCAUGUUGUUUUGUGGAAAAAACUCACUGGGGAUACUACACCUGGCCCAAGAAUAUGGUUGUUUAUGCUGGUGUGGAAGAGCAGCCUAAGCUUGGCAGAAGCAGGGAGGAUAUGACAGAGGCAGAACAGAUUAUAUUUGAUCAUUUUUCUGAUCCUAAAUUUGUUGAACAGUUAAUUACUUUUCUAUCUUUAGAAGACAGAAAAGGAAAAGAUAAAUUUAAUCCACGACGUUUUUGCCUCUUUAAGGGUAUAUUUAGAAAUUUUGAUGAUGCCUUUCUGCCAGUUCUGAAGCCCCACUUAGAACGUUUGGUUGCAGAUUCACAUGAAAGCACCCAGCGAUGUGUUGCAGAAAUUAUAGCUGGUUUAAUCAGAGGUUCUAAGCAUUGGACAUUUGAAAAGGUGGAGAAGCUUUGGGAGCUUCUGUGUCCUCUGCUUAGAACAGCAUUGUCCAACAUUACAGUAGAAACUUACAAUGACUGGGGAACUUGUAUAGCAACGUCCUGUGAAAGCAGAGAUCCCCGGAAACUUCACUGGCUUUUUGAGCUGCUGUUGGAAUCACCAUUGAGUGGUGAAGGAGGAUCCUUUGUGGAUGCAUGUCGACUUUAUGUACUACAAGGUGGCCUUGCCCAGCAAGAGUGGAGAGUGCCUGAGCUGUUGCACAGACUACUGAAGUACUUGGAACCCAAACUCACCCAGGUUUACAAAAAUGUCAGGGAAAGAAUAGGGAGUGUGCUGACCUACAUAUUCAUGAUAGAUGUUUCUUUGCCAAAUACCGCGCCAACAACAUCCCCUCGUGUCCCUGAGUUUACUGCUCGAAUUCUAGAGAAAUUGAAACCUCUCAUGGAUGUGGAUGAAGAAAUUCAGAACCAUGUUAUGGAAGAAAAUGGAAUUGGUGAAGAAGAUGAACGAACCCAGGGCAUUAAACUCUUAAAAACCAUAUUGAAGUGGCUGAUGGCAAGUGCAGGAAGAUCCUUCUCAACAGCAGUCACAGAACAACUUCAGCUUCUACCUUUGUUUUUUAAGAUUGCCCCAGUAGAAAAUGACAACAGCUAUGAUGAACUGAAAAGAGAUGCAAAGUUAUGUUUAUCACUAAUGUCUCAGGGGUUGCUUUACCCUCAUCAAGUGCCUUUGGUACUUCAGGUGCUAAAACAAACAGCAAGAAGCAGUUCUUGGCAUGCCAGAUACACAGUACUGACCUACCUCCAGACCAUGGUAUUUUAUAACCUCUUUAUUUUCCUAAACAAUGAAGAUGCAGUUAAAGAUAUCAGAUGGCUGGUUAUAAGUCUUUUGGAGGAUGAACAACUAGAGGUUCGGGAAAUGGCUGCUACCACCUUAAGUGGUCUAUUACAGUGUAACUUCCUUACCAUGGACAGUCCUAUGCAGAUUCAUUUUGAGCAACUUUGCAAAACAAAACUACCUAAGAAAAGAAAGCGAGACCCUGGUUCCGUAGGAGAUACUAUUCCUUCUGCAGAGUUGGUCAAACGCCAUGCUGGGGUGCUAGGACUUGGUGCAUGUGUUCUUUCUAGUCCUUACGAUGUUCCCACCUGGAUGCCCCAGCUCCUUAUGAAUCUCAGUGCACAUCUAAAUGAUCCUCAGCCUAUUGAGAUGACUGUAAAAAAGACCUUAUCCAAUUUCCGAAGGACACACCAUGACAACUGGCAAGAACACAAACAGCAAUUCACUGAUGACCAACUGCUCGUUCUCACUGAUCUCCUUGUGUCACCAUGCUACUAUGCAUAGAAGGAUGACUAGUCCUCACUUCAGGCUCUUUUCAUGAAAAAUUCCAGAUCCUCAGGUACCAUCUGUGCGGCUCUCUGCAAGUUUUACAACUGCCUCUGUUGAGGUCUCAUCAUUUUGGUGGUUUCUGUGUUUGGUCUCAUUAGUCUGCGUUCCACAGGUUCUCAGCUGCCAUUUGAUUUCCUAACUUGUGCGGAAAUGUUUCCAGAAUUUGGAUCACUUUUUCUUUGAGGCAUCUGACAAAGUCACAAAGUCUCAGUCUAGAAAUAAUUACCCAGUAUGAUCAUGGCAUCCAAGACCAAACAGAGUCUAGAAACUCAUUAAGAAACAGUUUACUUGGAAUGGAGAAUACCCAUCUGUAAUACAGGUCCUGUCAUUUCAUUCAUCUCAAAUUAUUUUGAAUUCUUCCGAUGGCUGUUGAGUUUAGAUGGUAGUAGUGCUGUGGACCAUAAAUCUGAAGCCUUGAGAGCCUGGGGUCUGGAGAGCCAUGAAGAGGGAAGGAAAAGAGGGCAAGUCUUGAACCUAACCGGUGGCCUGACGGAUUGCUCGACCAAGGCACAGAAGUGAAGUCUGUGUCCAUUCGCUUCCCACAGGCUGGAGUUUUGGGUGCUGAGUAGAGCCAGUUGCUGAAAAAUUGGGGGUUUGGUGAAUAAAUUUUUGAUUGUUGUGUGUGCAUACAAUGUGUGAUUUUGAAAAUAAACAGCAACACCAAUAAAAACCCUGA